AUGAAUCUCGUACGUCUAGCAAGAGAGAAGAAGAUCAAGAAGGGUUCAGGGACGGCCGGGGCCACUUACACUCGUCGUCGUUGUAAAGCGGAAUAUGAAGAUGCUUGGAACAAGACUUCAGAUGCGACUAAACUGGCAUCGUCUCAACUGAUCCUAUAUGGCCUCGACGGCGGCCACCACCAUCAUCACUGCCACGGUGGUGCUUCCGGAGGAGGAGGUGCAGGUGCUGGCGACCAUCACAGCCAUGGUAGUGCUUCAGGAGGUGGCGGAGGCAGCCACCAUCAACAUGGCCUUGUUAGUAGUUAUUACAGCGGUGACGGCGGCGGCGGCUAUCAUCAGAGCCACAGUAGUGAUCAUGGCGGGGGAUUCAGCCACCAUAGUCAUAGUUUUGAUAGUGGUGGUGGUGGUGCCGGAUUGUUAAAUUUGGUUUUGAGGUAUAAAUUUGCUAUUACUGAAGCAUCUAAGCAUGGAGAGAUCGAGAGUUCAAAAUUCUUGGAGGUGCAUGGUGGUGGUUUUGGGAAGGGCAGAUGA